AUGUUAAAAUCAAUAACAAGGAGAAGAAAAAAAUAUAUUUUCUUAGAUUACUUGAUUGUUUUGUUAACAGCAAUGUAUCUACGAAUCAGAAGUGUUGAUAUGGAUUUUUACAGCUCUCUUUAACCUAAUUACUUGUGGCUACUCACCAUUCUAUUUGGAUUGAUGUUCGCGAAAAUAGGCAGGGUAUGGUGCAUCUUUAUAUGUGUAAUUAUGAAUCUAUUCAGCAUCUACUUCCUAAGCAGUACAACUCAUGUGGUUUUUGUAUCUAGCAUUUAUAAAAUGACAUAUGACAGUUUGAUUCUAUUAGUCAUUGGUCACACUUUGUAUCUAUUUAGAGAAAGAGCGGUUCAAGCCCUGACCUAUUGCUACAGUUACCUUGAAUUGGCUCAGCUAUUCAUGAAUUUAAAAUAUUUCAAAUACUUCCUCUUCCUCCUCAUAGUCUCUUUAUCAACCUUACGCUUAAGAUGCAGGUCAUUGCCUACAACUAAUUACUUCAUCGUGAUCAAACAUCUGUGCACUGCUCGCAUGGCUGUCAUAAUAUUGAUACUAUUCUUGUAGAUCCUGUUAACAACAAUCAACCUCAAUACAUUUGUAGGAGCAUUCACCUCCUCCUUGGCAAGAUAUAUCAUCCUAUUCUUAUACCCCUUCUACUUCCUGCCAUUAAUUCGCCAUAUUCAAUAUACCAGCGAGUCACUUCUGAUAUUGAAUGUUGCUAUCAGUGGGCUGUUCCUAUUUGAUUAAUUGGCAGUAUUUUUGGUGGCAUCCAUAUUCAUCCCAAUCAUAUUUAUCGUGUAAUUUACCAUAUUCAUUUACAUAUUUCGAGAAAUCGAUCCAAAGAUAUCACGGACAAUUAAAUACAUUAACUACGAUGCCGUUGUUCUAAUUAAUUACAUCAUUUUGAGAUACGCUCAUUCUAAUUACGAAUCAUUUACAUAACACAAAACCAUAAUCUAUUUUCUAUCAGCCAUUAUUGCAAUAUUUUUAUUUAUCAGAAAUAAAAACAUAUGCAAAAGCUUCACAAAUAAGCAGAAUUAUUACAAUAAUACUUAUGAUUAAUUUGAAAGUGCAAGAAAUGAUGAUACUGUUUUGUGA